UGGUUCUGCUGCACCACUGCAGAAAGAUGGGUCUAAUUUUGGGUGCCUACACUCUGGGCUUUGUGGGCGCAGCUGCCUGCAUGCUGCUGCUCACUUGGCUGACCUACCAGCUGCUGAGUGGCUACCUGCACAGCUGGAAGGAGCUGAAGCCCAUCCCAGGCAUUGGAGUCCCGUACCCACUGCUGGGCAACGCACUGCAGUUCAAGUCCAACGCAGGAGACUUCUUCUGUCAGCUGGUCGGCUACACCAAGGAGUUUCAGAACUCCUCUCUGCUGAAAGUGUGGAUCGGGCCAAUACCGUUCCUCGUACUCUACCAUGCAGAAACUGUCGAGACGGUUCUGAAUAACCCUGUCCACAUGGAUAAGGCCUAUGCCUAUAAGUUUCUGCACCCAUGGCUGGGCACCGGACUGCUGACCAGUACAGGUGAUAAAUGGCGGCGCAGGCGGAAGCUCCUGACCCCUACCUUCCAUUUCUCCAUCCUGACUGAGUUCCUGGAGGUGAUGAACGAGCAGGCGGAGGUCCUGAUAGAGAAGCUGGAGAAACAGGUGGGCAAAGGCCCCUUCAACUGCUUCAACUACAUCACCCUCUGCGCCCUGGACAUCAUCUGCGAAACAGCCAUGGGGAAGAAAAUCUACGCCCAGAGCAACUACGACUCCGAAUAUGUGCGCAGUGUGUAUCGGAUGAGUGACAUCAUCACCAAGCGCCAGCGGAUGCCGUGGUAUUGGCCAGACAUUGUGUACAACUACUUUGGGGAGGGCAGAGAGCAUGACCGCAGUCUGAAGAUCCUGCACUCCUUCACUGAAAGCGUGAUUAACGAGCGGGCGGAGUACAUUUCCUACAUCGAGUCGGACAGCGAAUCAGAUCAGGGCAUGAAGAAGAGGCGGGCGUUCCUGGACAUGCUGCUGAAGGCGCAGGACGAGGACGGGAACAAGCUCACCAACCGGGACAUCCAGGAGGAAGUGGACACCUUCAUGUUUGAGGGACAUGACACCACGGCCGCCGCUAUGAACUGGGCCGUUCACCUGCUGGGCUCACAUCCAGACGUGCAGAGGAAAGUUCACCAGGAGCUGUUUGAAGUGUUUGGUGAGUCAGAGCGUCCAGUCAACACAGAGGAUCUGAAGAAACUGCGUUAUCUGGAGUGUGUGAUUAAAGAGGCCUUGCGGCUUUUCCCUUCAGUUCCCUUCUUCGCCCGCAGCAUCUGUGAGGACACGCACAUCGGGGGGUAUAAAGUGCCCAAAGGAACUAAUGCCAUCAUCAUUCCCUACGCUCUGCACCGGGACCCCCGCUACUUCGCUGACCCUGAGGAGUUCCGUCCUGAGCGCUUUCUUCCUGAGAACAGUGCAGGCAGACACCCAUACAGCUACAUCCCGUUCUCCGCUGGACUGCGCAACUGCAUCGGUCAGCGCUUUGCGUUGAUGGAGGAGAAGGUGAUUCUGGCCUCCAUCCUGCGCUACUUCGACAUCAAGGCAUGUCAGAAGAGGGAGGAGCUGAGGCCUGUGGGGGAGCUCGUCCUCCGACCAGAGCAAGGCAUCUGGAUCACUCUGCAGAGGAGACAACGCUAGCGCUAACUCACAUAGUUAGCCAUGCUAAUCGUGGCAAGAUAUUGCAAACUCACUCACGAUAUUAUUCAUGUCGUUACACGUGAUUCGACACAUUAAAGUGCAUCUUCAAAGUUU